UGCCUGCCCGCCUGCCUCUGGACUGUAGUUUGCCAGCUUUCCUGCCGUCGCUCCGCAGCUGGAUGGCGUGGGACAUGUGCAACCAGGAUUCUGUAUGGAGUGAUCUCGAGUGUGCUGCUCUGGUUGGUGAAGACCAGCCUCUUUGCCCAGAUCUCCCAGAACUUGACCUCUCUGAACUAGAUGUGAACGACCUGGAUGCAGACAGCUUUCUGGGGGGACUCAAGUGGUACAGCGACCAGUCAGAGAUCAUCUCCAAUCAGUACAGCAAUGAACCCGCCAAUAUAUUCGAGAAGCUAGAUGAAGAGAGCGAGGCAAACUUGCUAGCUGUUCUCACUGAAACACUGGACAGCAUCCCUGUGGAUGAGGAUGGAUUGCCUUCAUUUGAUGCACUGACAGAUGGAGAUGUGACCAACGAAAAUGCCGCUAGCCCCUCCCCAAUGCCCGACGGCGCCCCUCCAACUCAGGAGGCAGAAGAGCCGUCUCUACUUAAGAAGCUCUUGCUGGCUCCAGCCAACACUCAGCUAAAUUACAAUGAAUGCAGUGGUCUCAGCACACAAAACCAUGCAAACACUAAUCACAGGAUCAGAACAAGCCCUGUGGUUGUUAAGACUGAGAAUUCAUGGAGCAAUAAAGCGAAGAGCAUUUGUCAACAGCAAAAGCCUCAAAGACGUCCCUGCUCUGAACUUCUCAAAUAUCUGACUACGAAUGAUGAUCCUCCUCAGACCAAACCAGCAGAGAACAGGAACAGCAGCAAAGAGAAAUGCACCUCCAAAAGGAAGCCCCAUCUGCAGUCUCAGACAAAUCAUCUGCAGGCCAAACCAACAAGUUUAUCACUUCCAUUGACACCCGAGUCACCAAAUGAUCCCAAGGGUUCCCCAUUUGAGAACAAGACUAUUGAACAAACCUUAAGUGUGGAACUCUCUGGAACUGCAGGCCUAACUCCACCUACGACCCCUCCUCAUAAAGCCAACCAAGAUAAUCCUUUUAGGACUUCACCUAAACUGAAGUCGUCAUGCAAGACUGUUGUACCACCUUCAAAAAAGCCCCGCUAUAGUGAGUCUUCCGGUUCUCCAGGAAAUAACCCAAUCAAGAAGGGUCCAGACCAGUCUGAGCUGUACACACAGCUUAGCAAGACUACAGUACUGUCCAGUGGACAUGAGGAGAGAAAGACAAAACGGCCCAGUUUGCGGCUGUUUGGUGACCAUGACUACUGUCAAUCUGUGAAUUCAAAAUCGGAAAUACACAUUAAAAUAUCCCAGGAACUUCAGGACUCCAGACAACCAGAAUUUAAGGAUUCUUCACCUGGGUGGCAGUGUCAGAUUUGUUCUUCUUUAGAACAAGACCAGUAUUUCAAGAAAGAGACUUUACAGACAUAUAAGCAGGGAUCCCAUGGUAAUAACAGAAAACAGCUCCAAGACCAGGAAAUUCGGGCUGAACUGAAUAAGCAUUUUGGUCACCCCAGCCAAGCUGUUUUUGAUGAAGAAGCAGAUAAGAGCAGAGAACUAAGGGACAGUGAUUACAGUAAUGAACAAUUCUCCAAACUACCUAUGUUUAUAAAUUCAGGACUAGCAAUGGAUGGUCUGUUUGAUGACAGUGAAGAUGAAAGUGAUAAACUAUGCUACCCUUGGGAUGGGACACAAGCCUAUUCAUUAUUUGAUGUAUCACCUUCUUGCUCUUCUUUUAACUCUCCAUGCAGAGAUUCAGUGUCUCCACCCAAAUCCUUAUUUUCUCAAAGAUCCCAAAGGACACACUCUAGAUCAAGGUCCUUUCCUCAACGCAGGUCUUGUUCCCGUUCUCCAUAUUCCCGAUCGAGAUCAAGGUCGCCCUGUAGUAGAUCGUCUUCAAGAUCUUGUUGCAAUUGUGAGUCCAGCCACUGUAGACACCGAGCAUUCAGAAGUUCUCCCUUAGGUGGAAGAUCACGGUCCAGAUCACCGUACAGUCGCAGACCCAGAUAUGACAGCUAUGAGGAAUAUCAGCAUGAAAGGCUGAAGAGGGAAGAAUACCGCAAAGAGUAUGAAAAACGGGAAUCUGAAAGGGCCAAGCAAAGGGAGAGACAGAGGCAGAAAGCAAUUGAAGAACAUCGUGUGAUUUAUCUGGGUAAAAUCAGACCUGACACAACCCGAACAGAACUGAGGGACCGGUUUGAAGUUUUUGGUGAAAUUGAGGAGUGCACAGUAAAUUUGCGGGAUGAUGGAGACAGCUAUGGUUUCAUCACCUACCGCUAUACUUGUGACGCCUUCGCUGCUCUUGAAAAUGGAUACACUUUACGCAGGUCAAAUGAACCUGAUUUUGAGCUGUACUUCUGUGGACGCAAGCAGUUUUGCAAGUCUAACUAUGCAGACCUAGAUUCAAACUCAGAUGAUUUUGAUCCUGCUUCUACUAAAAGCAAGUAUGACUCCAUGGAUUUUGAUAGUUUACUCAAAGAGGCACAGCGGAGCCUGCGUAGGUAACAAGCAUGUCAUCCGAGGAAAACAAAGGGAUGGCAAAUACCUCACGGACAUCACGUCCUUCAAUAAUGGACAACUAAAAAGUCGUACUUAGGAAUUUCUCCUACUUUACACUCUCUGUUCAAAACCAUGGUUUACAUGAACACAGCUGCUCGAGGAGUGGAGGGGCAGGAUGCUGUCCAGUAAGCACACACAUGUCCAUGGGUGUCAGCUGCGCUUUCGCGGGUGAGCGGUGGCGGGGGAGCCGGGCGUUCCUUGCGAGUUCAAUGCAAAUCACGAGACAUGGCAGCAGUUCCACAGAGAUACACGUACAACGAUGAACUGCAAAAUCUGUACAUACUGCAUUUUAACAAAAAAAAAGAACAAAAACAAACAGAAAAAAACCCCCAGUGUGAGAACUAUGGCUGCUGAUGUCUGGGGAUCAGACACUGCAUACUUUUUUUUUUUUGUAAAGAAGCUUCUUCUCACAAUAUGAUGAUAAUAUGACAAUCCAGAAGAAAUCACAGGUCCCAGAAGCCUGCAAUUUGUCUUAGCUUUGUUUUAAGAUUGUUCUUUUUUUGGUUGGUUUGUUUUUUGGAUUUUUUUUUGUGGGUUUUUUUUUGUUUUUGUUUUUUUUUUU